UGCUACCCCUCAAUUGGUCCACGUUCCCCACGGGCCAUGGAGGCGCGUGGACCCCAUUCCCCGAUUUCCUCUUUUGAUUCCAAGUAACUCUUGUUUAUUUUCUUUCUUUCUUUCUUUCUUUCUCAAAUACAAAUACAAGAAACCUCUCUUCAUUUUCCCCCUUCCUCUGGCAAACAAACAAACAACAAAUCCUCCUUCAAUUCUCGUUUCGCUUCUCACACUUCCUCGAACCUUCUCUUCCUCACUCCCCCACUUGAUUUUCUUUUUCCUUUUCCUUUUCCUUUUCCAUGGAGAUACCCUAGAUUUUGAUUUUCAUAUCAUAUCAUAUAAUAUAAACUCUCCUUCUCUUUAUUCAUUCCAUUAUUUUUAUUUCAAUUCAACCAUCAUUCUCAUCCAUUUUCUCUAAGACACAAAAGAAAUGAGAUGAGGCCGAUUCAACUACCACCGCCCUCCACCUCCGCCACCGGUUCCCCCGGCGCUGCCGCUAACAACAACAUCAACCGAGACCAGCGUCCUCAGAGGCGCCGGAAGGACCAUCUCACCUUACCGCUACCCCAGCGUGACACCAACCUAGCGGUGCCGCUUCCGCUGCCUCCGUCAGGAGGCAGCGGCGGCAGCGGAGGAAGUGGAGGAAGCGGAGGAGGAGGAGGUUUGUCGCAGCUACAGCAGCAACUGGUGAUCCCGUUCUCGGAGCUCGAGAGGCUCAACCGCAUCGGGAGCGGUAGCGGCGGGACGGUUUACAAGGUGGUUCACCGCACCACCGGCCGAGUCUACGCGCUCAAGGUGAUAUACGGCCACCACGAGGAGUCCGUGCGGCGGCAGAUCCACCGCGAGAUCCAGAUCUUGAGGGACGUCGACGAUGUCAACGUGGUGAAGUGCCAUGAGAUGUACGACCACAACGCGGAAAUCCAGGUUCUGCUGGAGUUCAUGGAUGGAGGAUCCUUGGAAGGAAAGCACAUCCCGCAGGAGCAGCAGCUCGCCGACGUCGCGCGCCAGAUCCUCCGUGGGCUGGCGUAUCUCCACCGCCGCCACAUCGUCCACCGUGACAUCAAGCCGUCGAACCUCCUCAUCAACUCGAGGAAGCAGGUCAAGAUCGCCGACUUCGGGGUUGGCCGGAUCCUCAAUCAAACCAUGGAUCCGUGCAAUUCCUCGGUGGGGACGAUCGCGUACAUGAGCCCGGAGAGGAUAAACACCGAUAUCAACGACGGCCAGUACGAUGCCUACGCCGGCGACAUAUGGAGCUUUGGGGUGAGCAUAUUGGAGUUCUACAUGGGAAGGUUUCCGUUCGCGGUUGGGAGGCAGGGUGAUUGGGCUAGCUUGAUGUGUGCGAUUUGUAUGUCUCAGCCGCCGGAGGCGCCGCCCACGGCGUCGCUGGAGUUCAGGGAUUUCAUUGGCCGGUGCUUGCAGAGGGACCCUUCUCGCCGGUUGUCAGCUUCCAGAUUGCUUGCUCACCCUUUUCUGGCUCAGUCCAGCCCUCACAACAACCAGCCUCCUCCAAAUCUUCAUCAACUUCUUCCUCCUCCACCCAGGUCUCUUUCUUCAUAGUCAAACAAAUUAUUGUAAUAUUUUUUCUAUUUUAUAAAACUAAAUCAAUGCUUGCUCUCUCUCUCUCUUUACCCAUAACAUGAGGAGCAAUUGAACCCUUUAUCUUUAUGUAUGAAAAUUGUAAACCCAAUCCUUCAAACUAUGUGUUUUUCA